UGGCGUGCUGGUCUAGGACGAUGCCGCUCCUUCCGCCUUCCCGGCAGGCCCCGCGCGGCGCUUGCGUGCUCAGUGACCUUUCCGAGUCAUCAGCUGUGAGUUCGGGCUAGCUGAGCCGCUAGUUCUUCGCCGAGAUGCUUCAAAGCUUUAUUAAGAAUGUUUGGAUCCCCAUGAAGCCCUACUAUACCCAAGUUUACCAGGAGAUUUGGGUAGGAACGGGGCUGAUGGCUUUUAUCGUUUAUAAGAUCAGGAGUGCUGAUAAAAGAAGUAAAGCCUUGAAAGCUUCCAGUCCUGCGCCUGCUCACGGGCAUCAUUAACAAGCUCUCCUUGGAUGGGACAUCGGUCUGGCUGUGCUGUGGGAACGUGGGACAUCGUGUUGACUUGCAGCAGUGCCCCUGCCCUUGGACAUGAAUAAACGUACCUGUGAGAUGCA